AUGAUCAUCAGACAACUUCCUCAGGAUGUCGUCGACAAAAUCAAAUCCUCAGUCAACAUCACGUCCCUGAAUGGGGUAGUCUGUGGCCUUGUCACCAACUCUUUGGAUGCUGGUGCCUCCAAGAUCAACAUAUCUAUCGACUAUAGCAGGGGAAACUGUACCGUUGAAGACAAUGGAUCCGGAAUACCUCCCGAAGAAUUCACAGAUGGUGGAGGUCUCGGGAAGCUUCACCAUACAUCUAAAUUCCCUGCGAGGCUCUCUGUCCAUGGCAAGCAAGGCGAUUUCCUAGCAUCUCUUGCUACAUUGUCCCUUCUAACUGUUACCUCUCGCCAUCAUAGGCAUAUCUCACACAACUCUGUUUCGAUUCAUAACUCCCAAGUUCUGGCUAGACAGUUGCCUUCACCCCCUGAGUCGCGGCUUCUCAACUUCGAUCAUGGAACGCGUACCACCGUCCGAGAUCUCUUUGGAAACAUGCCAGUCAGAGUUAAGCAGAGAGCCACACUAAGCGAAAAACCUACCAUCGACAAAGAGUGGUCAAGAUUGAUUCGAGCUGUUAUAGGCUUACUUCUCGCUUGGCCAUCGGGUAUCUCUGUCUCGCUCAAAAAUGUAGCCACACAGCGUGAACUACGACUCCGACCAUCAGAAAAGACGGACAUGGUGUCUAAAGUCUCACGAAUGCUCACACAAGCGGGUCUUGCCGACUCGAGUGAUGCCGAUGCUUGGGUCCCAAUCUCAGCUUCAUGUGGACCUGUUUCCGUUAAGGGCUGUAUUUGCACGAAUCCUAUUGCGACGCGGCGUUCUCAGUUUGUUAGUUUGGGGAUUCACUCAGUCAACAACGAAUUCGGUACUGAUGUUCUCUUCGAAGAGAUUAACAAGACUUUUGGUAAUUCGAGUUUUGGUGUAGUUGAUGGCGACCAGGCAAACCGCAACGCCUCACCAAAGCUUGACGAGUUUAUAGGAAGUGAAUUGAGAAGUCGGAAGGGAAUCGAACGAUGGCCGAUGUUCUACUUGAAAAUUGCAACCUCCAACACAGAUGGCAUCGACCCAGAUCGACUUUAUAGCCAAGGCCAGAUUUUAUCCACGAUACUUGAUCUGUUGAAGGCUACUUGUUACGGGUUCCUCAAGAAGCAACAUUUCCGCCCACGAAAGGUCCAACUAGCCCCUGAUGAGUCGUUACUAUCGACAGCAAAGAUAUUAGGCCGGCCAAAGAAACCGUCCAAGAAGCAGUCGAAAUCAACAAACAGUUCAGGAGCCAGCUCUGUCACUUCCUUAUCCAGAUCCAAUUCCAUCGGACCACGAACAGAUAGUCCGUUCGAAGGUUGGCAUCGGGUUAAAGUUGGAAGAGCUACACCACACAGCGCCACCUCAAAAGCGGUAGAUGUUCGUACGAAGAUAAGAGAGGAACCACCAAUGAACCGCCUUGUUGGCGAGGGAGGAAGAUUGCUGCGCAAACCUUUUGAUGAGCCAUCACCCGAGCCUGAAGACUACCAAAUAAAUUUGUCUGCAGACGACAGUAGUUCUGACUCUGUCAUGCGCACAGCCGACCAUGAAACAAGUAACUGUAACACAGCUGUUGGUGAACCCCUUCAAAUUACGCAGAAGCGAGACAAACACUACAGCAAAUGGCUCCAGGGUGUUGUUAGUUCAUGGGAAAAUCCCAUCUUUCAGCCUGUACAAUCAUCGAUACCUUAUAUUGAUUGCUCAGUGCCAGACCAUUCACGCGCCCAAGGUAGAGGCGGGUAUGGCAGCAUUAAUGUCGAGCUGGACACUGGAACCAUGAGCGUCACUAGGAGAAUCUCACGCCAAGCGCUUUCUCGUGCUACUGUUGUAGCCCAAGUUGACCGCAAAUUUAUUCUGGUAAAACUGCCAUUGGAAAGUCCAGCUUCUUGGAACUCCGCAGAAGAAAAGCAGGGUUCAUCUCUGGUCAUGCUUGAUCAGCAUGCGGUUGAUGAAAGAUGCCAGCUUGAAGACCUUAUGGCGGACUACUUUACACUCGACCCGUCGACUGAUCGAAUCUCACCUGCUAUAGAACUCCUCGAUCGACCCAUCAUCUUUGAAGUUUCGAGAGAAGAGUGGUCUCUUUUGGAACAACAUAGCGAUUACUUUGCUGCUUGGGGUAUCUUGUAUCAGACACCCCCUUCCUCCCACCAAAACAAAGUUGUAGUAGCAGGCCUUCCGCCGAGUAUUAUCGAACGCUGCCGGUUGGAACCUCGACUUCUCAUCGAGCUUCUCCGUACGGAAGUCUGGCGAAGUGUCGAUAGUAGUACUCCACUUGUGCGACCAUUAACUGUCGCUCCCGACAAGCCCAUGAUUUCACGUUUCAACGGAUGCCCAAGGGGUAUUCUGGAGUUGUUACACUCCAGAGCCUGUCGAAGUAUGACAUUCAACCCUGUCGGCACAUUCCCAGCUGACUUAGUCCUAUUAGGUGCAAUCAUGUUUAACGAUGUUCUUACCAUCGAACAAUGCGAGGAACUCAUAUCUUGCCUAUCUCGUUGUGCAUUCCCCUUUCAGUGCGCCCAUGGACGGCCCAGUAUGGCACCAUUGAUUGAUCUUGGAAAAGGGGCAAAGUUUGGCGGUUGGCAAGAGAUGGAACGGCAGAAAAAGCCAUCAUGGAAGAGCUGGAUAGAGAAGUCAUGA